UCCAGGUGCCCCACUUAUUUCCGCAAACGUGAACAGGCGCUGUCUUCUGAGCCUGAAGAACUUGGGGAUGGGGCCCUGAGACAGUGCGACUUACUCAACCCUAACUAUGCAAAGACUCGUGUUCUCUGGCCCCUCCACAGCCUUUCCCAGGGCCACUCGCGGUGCUGCCAGCCCAGUCUCUCGUGCGGUCCCAACCCUGCCAUUGCUGGACGAGGAAAGGAAGGCACAGGGAACCGUCACAAACGCGGCCCCCUGAGGCCGCGCGUGCGCAGCCAGGCACUGAGCGCUCGCAGAAGUCCGUUUCCUGACUUUUGGAGGAAGUGGCGUUGCGUCACUUCCGGCCUCCCUCUAGCUGCCAUCUUGCGUCCCCGCGUGUGUGCGCCUAACCUCAGCUGGUCUGCCCGAGACCACCUGAGCGCCAACCCUAGUCCCCCGCGCGGCCCCAUUUCCGCUCCAACAAGGUACAAAAAGGCUCUGGACGCCGGCGUGGGAGGCGGACGGGAACGGGGGCGGGAAGUUCCCGGAAGGAGCGAGACAGGGAGGGACAGGGCUGAGGAGAGGAAGGCGAUGCGACGGACAGGCGCACCCACUCAGGCUGACUCUCGGGGUCGAGGUCGGGCCAGGGGCGGCUGCCCUGGGGGCGAGGCGGCGGCAUCUCUUCCUCCACCUCCCGGCGGAACCCGAGGACAGGAGCCUCAGAUGAAAGAAACUAUCAUGAACCAGGAGAAACUCGCCAAACUGCAGGCACAAGUGCGCAUUGGUGGGAAAGGAACUGCUCGCAGAAAGAAGAAGGUGGUUCAUAGAACAGCCACAGCAGAUGACAAAAAACUUCAGUUCUCUUUAAAGAAGUUAGGGGUAAACAAUAUCUCUGGUAUUGAAGAGGUGAAUAUGUUCACAAAUCAAGGAACAGUGAUCCACUUUAACAACCCUAAAGUUCAGGCAUCUCUGGCAGCAAACACUUUCACCAUUACGGGCCAUGCUGAGACAAAGCAACUGACAGAAAUGCUCCCCAGCAUCUUAAACCAGCUUGGUGCCGACAGUCUCACCAGUUUAAGGAGACUGGCUGAAGCUCUGCCCAAACAAUCUGUGGAUGGAAAAGCACCACUUGCCACUGGAGAGGAGGAUGAUGAUGAAGUUCCAGAUCUUGUGGAGAAUUUUGAUGAGGCUUCCAAGAAUGAAGCAAACUGAAUUGAGUUAACUUCUGAAGAAGAUAAAUCUUGAAGAAGUUACUGGGAGCUGCUAUUUUAUAUUAUGACUGCUUUUUAAAAUUUUGUUUAUGGAUCUGAUAAAAUCUAGAUCUCUAAUAUUUUUAAGCCUAAGCCCCUGGACACUGCAGCUCUUUUCAGUUUUUGCUUAUAUACAAUUCAUUCUUUGCAGCUAAUGAAGCUGAAGAAGCCUAAGAAUAAAGUUUGAGACAAAGAUAAAUAAAAUUCUUUGCCUAGUAUAUGGUUUUAUUUUUUAUUUCAUUGAUACCAAUUUGUACACAGAAGGCAAAAUUGUUUAUAGAAAGCUAAUCAUGCCAUGUAAUAUGACUGAUAAUCAUGAAUGGAAUCUGAUUAAAGAUUUAAAAUGACAGUAUAA